AGCGUUGCCAUCACCGAGCAGAGGCAUCGAUCCAGUCGGUGGUAGGCCAGAGAAAGAAAAUGGCGGCAGAGCUCAGGGAGAAAUCGGCUCCGAGUCCUUUGAAGGCUGAGCCAGGGAAAGGGACGCAGAUGGGAGAGCGCCUCCUGGCGGGGCCCACAAAAGAGAAGGGAGCGGGGCCUGGUUCCCGCCUGAUUCCCACAGGCCGCAUCCACGAUUUCUGGGAGAGGGCCGAUCCGGAGAAAACCACCCCGGAUCCCUGCAGGAACCUGCAACAACGAUGGGAAUCUCAGCUGCAGGAAUUCUUGAAGGUUCUGGAAGCGCCUUCCUUGGAAGGGGGAAGCCCACAGCCUCGGAUGCCCCUGCCCAGAAGCGACCCUCGCUCCUCCCUGGCCUCCUUCCGAGGGAAAGCCGGUUUCCCUCAGCAGCCUCGAGCCCAGAGAGGGACCCAGCUCACCAUCAGCCUGAGCGGAGAAACCCACCGGAUGGAGCCUCCCAAAAGGCUUCAGGGUCAGAAAGGCUCCAGGCUCGCCCGGGCCCAACAGGCCGUCAGCUGGAAAGACGAGUGCUGCCUCUUCCGGCGGUUCGGCUACCAGGAAGCCAACGGGCCUCGGGAAGCCUGCCGUCACCUCCGAAGGCUCUGCCACCAGUGGCUGAAACCGGAGCAGCACACCAAGGAGCAGAUCCUGGAGAUGGUGGUGCUGGAGCAGUUCCUGGCCAUCCUGCCCCCGGAACUACAGGGCUGGGUGCGGGAGUGCCGCCCUCUGACCUGCACCCAGGCGGUGAUCCUGGCGGAGGAUUUCCUGCUGCGAGAGCAAGAGAGCAAAGCCCAGGAAGAGCAGGCCAUCAGCCUCCCGGAGAAGGACCAUUUGACUGAGAAGGCUCCCCUGGAAAGCUGGCCGAGAGCCCCCCUCAGAGAGGCAAAACAGGAAAGCGACCGACACGUGGUGCUGUUGGAUGAGGAGGAGUUCUGCGAGGAAGACAGCGAGGACCGAGAAUCAGGUUGGGAGUGGUCCGGUAGAGGCCAGCCCGGCGUCUCCUGUUCUCCCAAUCCGGGAGAAGCUUCCGAAACCCUCUACUGGAACAGCGAGGAGAAGGCGGAGGGCAAAUUCAUCAAUUCCCAGGGGACCUACGAGGACUUGGACGAGAGCGUCCUGCAGCCCAGCCUCUUCCCCAGCGAGCCGGACAACACCUGCCUGAUUUGCCGCAAGGUCUUCCGCCGCCGUUCCAACCUUAUCGCCCACGAGCGGACCCACUCAGGCGACCAGUGGUACAACUGCUCUGAGUGCGGGAAGAGCUUCGUCAGCCGGGCCGCCUUCCUCAUCCACCAGCGGGUCCACACAGGUGAGAAGCCGUACAAGUGCUCUUACUGCGGGAAGGGCUUCAACACCGGCUCGAGCCUCACCCGCCACAAGCGCAUCCACACGGGCGAGAAACCCUACAAGUGCCUGGAUUGUGGCAAGCGCUUCAAUGACUACUCCAACUUCAUCGUCCACAAGCGGAUCCACACGGGCGAGAAGCCUUACGAGUGCUCGGUCUGCGGGAAGAGGUUCAGUGACAACUCGAACUUUAUCAAGCACCACCACUGAGAGAGGCUGCCUGUGGAUGGGCCGGUAGCGUUUUUCAGUGUCUUUUGAUUAUGAUUAUUAUUAUUCAACACCCCCCCCCCCCGCUCCGGUUGAUGAGAAACACAGUAGAAUCACCAUUUAGGGCGGCAGAGACAAAGACCUACAAUCACAAAAGCAUUCCUGCCUAUAGAUAUGCCAGUUUCUGCGGCCUCGG